AUAUAUAUAUAUAGUAUUGGUGCAAAUAUUCACAUUAAAAUUUUACCCCCUCCGCCCCUCACAGCGUCACUCCUCCAAAAUCACAAAAGCUGAAACAGUGACAGUGCUGCCUUCAAAAUCUUCAACAAUGGGCGAAGAAUCAGAAUCAGAAUCUCCAUCUCAACCCAACCCUAACACCACCACCUACCUAACCAAUGUACCCCGCCAAACUCAUUCACCCCCCUCCAAACUCCCUUCUCGGCCCAGAAAAAUUCGCAAACUUUCCAACACUACAGAUUCCCACAAUAAUUCCGUACCAAGAAUCGUCCCUUGUUCACUUUCAUCGAAAGGUGAACUAGAAUCAGCCAUUAACUACCUCAAAUCCUCCGACCCAUUACUUAUCCCAUUAAUACAAACUUACCCACUUCCCAUUCUUGAACUUUCUCAACCCCCUUUUCUUGCCUUGACAAAAAGCAUUCUUUUUCAGCAAUUAGCUUUGAAAGCUGGUUCCUCAAUUUAUUCUCGAUUAAUCUCUCUUUGUGGUGGUGAGUGUAAUAUAAGUCCAGAUAUUGUUUUAGGAUUAACCCCACAACAGCUUCGUCAAAUUGGGAUAUCUGCUAGAAAAGCAAGUUAUUUACAUGACCUAGCAAGGAAGUAUCAAAAUGGGAUUUUGUCUGAUAAGUCAAUUGUGGAAAUGGAUGAUAAGUCCCUUUUUGCUAUGCUUACUAUGGUCAAUGGAGUGGGGCCUUGGUCAGUUCAUAUGUUUAUGAUAUUUUCGUUGCAUAGUCCGGAUGUUUUGCCAAUACAUGAUCUUGGUAUUAGAAAGGGAGUUCAAAUGUUAUAUGGGCUUGAGGAUCUUCCUAGGCCUUCGCAAAUGGAUCAGUUGUGUGAGAAGUGGAAGCCUUAUAGAUCGGUUGCUUCUUGGUAUAUUUGGAGGUUUGUAGAGGCAAAGGGGGCGAAUUCGAAAGCAACUAUUGUGGCGAAUUCUGAUGUUAGUUUGCAGCUACAGCAGCAAAUGUUGCCAAUGCAGCAGCAACAGCAACAUCAGCAUUUCUUGGAUCCUCUUAAUGGGAUUCUUAAUGUUGGGGCAUGUGCAUGGGGACAGUAAGUGAAGGCAGAGAGUUGUCAGUUGGCUGUGUGAGUUUUUUGGGGUCGCAAAUAGCUACAAUUUUAGCCACAGGUUAUCAAGCUGAGAACAUUGUAAAUUCACUUUGUAACUUCAGCAAGAACUUUUGUUGCGACUCAUCUUUUUUUGACAGAGGAAGGACACUUUGGAACUGUCUUGGAACAUAUUAUAUCACCUCAGGAAAAGAAAAAGAAAAAGCAAGAGAAGAGUUAACCAGUUGGUACAAAUCUCCCAUGUUGGUUUUGAGAAUUAAAGAGAAUAUUCUUGGUUUCA